AAGGUCAUCAGGUCCAUCGCGACCUACUCUGCGUGACGGUUACAGAAAAGCUUGGAGUCUCCGACCCGGACGAGCAUUACAUUUCCCUAUUUUUAUACCGCCUUUCUGGCAGUAUUGAGUGAUUUCCUUUUCCAUUGUUGCACAAAUGUCAGUCCGGAGAAGUGCAGACCCCGUGUGUCUUCAAUACAUUUGGAAUGCCAUCGAGGCUGACCCAGACGGCUCUAUCGGAUCAUCAUUUGCUUCUAUCCUGUCCGCCAUCCAAUCUAACUGUGACUCAAAAUUGAACGCGUCCCGACUGCAGGCUGAAUUGUCAAACGCCGUGCGCGAUGGUUGCAUUCAAGCCCAUCAGGACAAGUAUAGAUUGGUGGACGGUUUUGAAAACAUUAAAAGGGAUGGCAAGGACUGGUAUUGCUUUGAAUGUCACGGACCAGGACUCGUCGUACCCUGCCCAACGUGUUUUCGCGUUUAUCACCCCGACUGUAUAUCUGCAGCGUGUGAAUCUCACUGGUCUUGCCGCCUUCCCGUGGAAGAUCCAACUGUGGGCACACAAACUGAGCUUAAUACAACUGCUCCGCCCUCCCAUCCGUGUCCAGUUUGCAAACGUCUUCAACGUGUUCUUCCCGUGGGCUCGGAUUCUGCUUCCGUCAAAGACCUUCAAAAAAUUUUCUCUGUUGCUUUAGACUGUAUUAGAAAUCGGGUACAUUGGAAGACGAUGCAAAAGGUUGGAUAUUUAUUCGAACCCUUGCGCAACGAGUACCUAGUUUAUCAGCAGAUCAAUACGAAACUGAUUGCUGAUCGGCUUCGCGCUGAUCCUAGAUCCGAUGAUGGCUACCAAAACCGUACCAGUCUUUUGGUUGAUUUGGACACUCUGGUACACAAUGCUGCGGUCUUUUAUGGAAGUAAACAUAUCAUCUCUAACAUGGCCCGACAAAUCCGUUCUCAAUUGAAGCGAGCCAUGAGGGAAUCUACUUAUUGCAUUGACUGCUAUAUCCGACCGUCAACCUUAUCCUCUCACUCCCGCAUGACAGCUGCUUGUCGUAAACCCCACCGCCUUCUCUGGUUUCAGCACAAUGGUUGGUCAUUCCGUCCAUGUAAGAUGCUAUACGAAAGUUCUGAGGGGUACGAAGUGGUGUGUUUUGGGGGACGCCACGAACGCGAGUUCGUUCCUCGUUCACGAGCGUUUGAUAUGAGUUUCACUGCUCCAGACCUUGGCCUCCGAAUGACUCCAUCGCUAAAAAAGGCCUUGGAUGAGGCCGAAGAGUAUAAAGCCAACCAAAGUGCCCACGACCGGAGUUCUUCCGUUGUUACAAAGGAUGUCAACCUUACACUAUCACGUUCGGCCGAACUCCCCACUUCUGAUUCUAUGGUCAGUAGGCAGACCAAGUUCUGUGGUAGACGAAGAGCCGGAUCGAAAUAUGAGUCGACGAGCACCGAAAGUUCUAUGUCUACACAACCUGCCCACUGGAAGCGCCGAAAACCAGCUCUGUCAUCCAUUUCUUCACACGGGGGCAAAAAGUCGAAGCGCGAAUCCACAUCACCAAGUGCGAAUUCAUCAUCUGCAGGAAGCUGUGCAAACUUGAUUGAUGUUCAUCACGUUGGCCCCAUCGAUCCGAAGGGUAACUCCCGAAAGCCUCCGUGCAACGAUGAUGGCAUAGCUUCUGCUGAGCAAAAUCUCAAAACCCACCGAGGCGAUAAUUCAGAUCCUAAUAUAUUCCACGCCAGCGCAAUGCAUAAGGGCUCUGAUCUCUUUCCUACUGUGUCGAAAACCGUAAUUCGGAUAAAACCCCUUCCUCCACCGAAAGAUGAUCCACCUCCCACAUCGUUCCCCAUUAAUCGACGGCAUACUUCCUACGGUUUAUCAAGGGAUCGUACCUGCACUAAGCUUAAGAUAAAACCGAGUGCAUCUUCUUCCUCUUCAGCCCUAUCUGGUGUCUCCUCAGGCUGUGCGACCGUCCCAGCGGAUACGUCGUCCCUUGAUGGCCCCGUUUGUACGCUCUCGUCAUUAUCCUCUGUCUCCUCCUUAUCCUCCUCAAGCAGAUCACGCAAUCGUUCUAAGCGCCUGGAUCGACUCUCAAGAAGAAAUACUGCGGAUUCCGGUCUUCAUGCUGACUGUCAUUCCCAUGAUACUGAAAAUUUGAAGGCACCCAGCGUACAGCAAACUGACCAACUGCCUAUACCUUCAUCAGUACAGCUCACUGAUUCAUCUAAUCCUCCUUGCUCCUCAAGAGCGAUAUUCUACAAUCACUCCCCUCACCUCACAAGAUCAUCUUCUCCACUAUCUUCGCUUUGUGAUUCUGACUCCAGCGACUCUUCUGCAUUCUCUCAUUCUACAUCACCUUCGUCUGAACUCUCUUCAUCCAGCCCCUCAACAAUCCCCUCGCCAUCAAGGAUUUCUUCCUUUUCGAACCAUCCUAUGGGACCACAGAACCUCUCGAUUCAUAACCGUUCCCGAAAUAUGUCGGUUCCAAAGUUUCGUGGUUCCAAACCUUUAAGGACUAAAGCCGCGCCUCCCGUCAAGCUGUUGCCGAAUUUGCUUCCAGAUCAUUCCGUCAGCAGUGAGGAUGAUCAUAAUUCAGAUCUCACCCCACCCAACGCCUCAGAUCGAUGCAACCAAACACCUCAGCCAUAUAUCUCUCCCACUUGUUCUGAACCCAGGUGGGAUUUGAAUCACACGGGAAAACAGAAUGUAUCGAAGAAUUCUGAUUCCCUGUCAAUCUCUCCACGGCGACUGUCAUCCCAGUUGUCCAACUUUACUGGACAGAAUGCACUUGUGCUGAAUAAUGGUGCGGCGAAAUUCUCAAAUGCUACUCUAUGCACUACGAGUUGGCCCACUCUCAACCGUUUGUCGGCGCACUUUGGCAGUCAAACGCCUACUAGCCAUCUGGUCUCGAGUUCUAAUUCGACUCUGACUUCCACCGGUCCUACACCUCCGUCCUACAGUCUGUCAUCUUCCUCUUGCUACUCCUCGGUUUCCCCUGCCGCGCUUUCCACUACCUCUGGAUUGGGUUCCAGUUUGAGUGAUCCAAAAUCAGUUGACGCCUCUCCCGGAGAGGUUGCAGUUGUACUGGGUAGCGCUGCUUUUUCUUGCUCCUCUAACGGCCAUUCGACAUCGCAGUCCGUCGCCAUGCACUCUGACUCGGCCCUGAUUAAAUCUACCGAGGAACAGAUCCAUCGCAUUUACGCUGAUCGCCUGAUUGCAUUGACGGCCGAACGCGAUCAUGCUCGCGAAGAGUUGGCUCGCCGUGACUGUCUAAUUGCAAAAUUGCGUCGCGAACACGAGGCCGAGGUGCGUCGUAUCAAACAGAUGACCUGGUGCCAAGUUUGCUUGAACGAGGCGUUUUACCACUGUUGUCCAGGCACCGCGUACUGCUCCGAGACUUGCCAAUUACGUCACUGGACUGACCAACACAAUAGAGAUUGUCGGCGCCGUGGUGAGACUCGGUAGACCAAGACGAUUGUGCCGUUCCCCCCUUCCUAUUCAUCUCACCUUGGGCUGCUGAAGUCAGAUAUUCAUUAUCCAUCGGUAUCGUUCAGCAAGCUUAUAGAGUUAUCAACUAAUUUUUAUCUUUGAUUUUGAUAAUCUUUGAUGGUGUAUCUGCGUAUUCUGGCGAUCUGUUUUCCACUGCCCGACAUGGGGCCACCCACAUGCGUGCUUGCAUACACGCAAUCGCCUUCAGACUCGAGGCCACUUCGAUCUUUAAUUGUGUAUUUUUCUUCGUUCUCACCGAUUCUCAUUUUUGUAUGUACUUCCAAUGUGAACCAGCAGAUUUUGCAGACUUGUCUCUUCUGUCGGAUAUUCAACUUCACAUUUUCCACUAUAUAUCAAUCAGAUUUGCUUACACAUGUGCCUCUAGCGUUUCUGUUGUUUGUUUCAUAAGCUGAUAGCUGCACUCGUCACUCCGGCUCAUCUUUUCUUUGUCGAUUUUCCAGCUCAUCUUAUCUGCAAACACCUAUGCACAUGACAGAGCCAGAGGUUUUCGAUUUAACUACCUGAGUGUUUGCGUCGCUCUACUGACGCGUAUGGUCUUCAGUAUCGAGUGUGCUGUUAACCACUUUUAAUGCUCCUCUUUCUACAUAGAACAUUGCAUCUGUACCCCAACAAUUUCAAUCAAGGCUGCUCUCAUUCGCCUGCAUACACUAUUUGACGCGCUUUCCCAUACGGUGUGUGCACAUUCCUUCGCCUGUGUUCGCACGAGACAGACGUUGGUUCUUCUGUGGUCAUACUGCAUUGUUUGUGAUACUUCGUAACUUGAACACUUUUUCUACUUUCCGUCGCACUGUGCUAUUUUUGCGGACUCAGCUAUCAUGGGGCUGAAUGCAUUGGAAUGAGCCAGAGACAGAGAGCAUCCGGACAGCUGUUCCCGCAUACCUGAUUUCCUUCCUCCAUUACUCUGUUUCCUGACCGAUACUCACCUUCCCGAAUGGUGUCUUUCUUUGUCGCAUCAUGUUGUUGUAUGCGUUCGUGCAAUGGCGGACUCGCUGUGCGGUCCGUCUUCAGCGAAGCAAAGCCUUCAAUCUGCGCUAGCGAUGCUCAUCUAUCUUCUGUUCUAUUUGUCUCUCAGCCACCUCGCGGUUUGCCCACAGUUGUUCACUGUUUCUCCCUUUCAUCUUCAAGGUGGCAUAUUUACUCAUGAAGCAAAUGUCACCAGUGAUCCACUUAAGCCUAUUACACAUAUUGAUACGUGUUUUCAAUCAUUCUUGCGGUUCUGGAAUCAACUUGUCUAUCUUUACGCUUGUAAAUGCACCAUUAACAUUUUAGCAAGUAGCACCUUUCUCGCUCACCGCACAGCUAAUUAUCAACUCCUGGCAUUGAUUAACUGCUGCUGCUCUUCGGUUCCGCAAAUAGUAUGUAGGCGACUUACUGACCACAACCCAGGUUAUCCCACUUGGAAGUUGUUCCUUCUCGUACUUUUGAAGUCUUUUCACAAAAGAGCUUUAUUUCUCCUAGCCAAUGAACUCCGCUUGUUUGUCUUUCCAUCAGUGUUCCUCCAUUGUAUGACGAUAGAUAUUUUUAUUACUAUUCGAGAAACUGCGCACAUUGUUGCAGGUUUUUGCAUAAGCAACAUAUGGUUGAGUGACCGUGCUUAC